AUGACGGAAAAUUCUGAAGAAUUGGAAUUUUUGGAAAGCCCUCAUAUUCUGGAACCUCAAGAAGUAUUGAAGCACUACCGAGUUAACCCUGACUACGGUUUGAGAGAUGAACAAGUGUCACACCAUCGUGAACUAUUUGGAUCGCACACAUUUGUAAAGCCGAAGAAGGCGUCGGUUCUAUUCCUGUUUGUGUCACAGUUCGACGACCUGCUCGUUAAAAUACUGCUGUCAGCGGCAGUGAUAAGCUUCCUGCUGACAGCAUUUGACCCAAACGAAAAGGCGCACAUAUCGUCGUUCAUUGAGCCGAUAGUUAUCCUGUUCAUACUUAUACUUAACGCAAUAGUAGGCGUGUGGCAGGAGGCGAACGCAGAGAAGGCGCUCGAGGCGCUGAAGAAGCUGCAGCCGACGCUGGCAACGUGCCUCAGGAACGGAGUGUGGAGCACCUUCGACACGGACCAGCUGGUGGUGGGCGACAUCGUUAAGGUCAAAAACGGAGAUAAAAUACCCACAGACCUGCGAGUAGUCAGAGUGUACUCGACGUCGCUGCUGGUGGAGCAGUCGCAGCUGACGGGGGAGUCCUUUCUGAUAUACAAGACGACGGAGCCGCUGCCGAAGGACCACGAAAAGUGCGAGCUUCAGAGCAAGACGAACAUACUGUUCGGAAGCACGACAGUGUGCAGCGGAAGCGCACUGGGAGUGGUAAUCUCGACGGGCAUGAAGACGGAGAUAGGAGCGAUCCAGAGCGCAGUGAUCGAGGCGAGCAACGAAAACACGACCACACCGCUGCAGAGAAUGCUCAACGACUUCGGAACGAACCUGUCGAAGGUGAUCACAGUGAUCUGCGUGAUAGUAUGGGCAAUCAACUUCAGGAACUUCAGCGACCCAGUGCACGGCUCAACGCUGAGAGGGUGCAUUUAUUAUUUUAAGAUAGCCAUAGCACUGGCAGUGGCAGCGAUCCCAGAGGGGCUGCCGGCAGUUAUCACGACGUGUCUGGCACUGGGCACGCGGAAAAUGGCGAAGAGGAACGCGAUCGUGAGGAAGCUGCCCUCAAUAGAGACGCUGGGCUGCACGACGGUGAUAUGCAGCGACAAGACGGGCACGCUGACGACGAACAGAAUGACCUCGACGGUGCUGAACCUGUUUAACGACAGGAACAAGCUGAGGUACAUACACAUGCCGACGAAUCCGAAAGGAUCACACAAGUCAUCAGAUGAGGCACAAAACAUUAGAGUGACCAUUAAUGGGUUCGGAGAAAGAGGAUUCUCAGUGGCAGAGUCAUUUGACGGGCCAAUAGAAGUGCUCACACACACGCUGCUCAAGUGCGCAUCACUGUGCUCAGACGUGACGAUAACGACAAGCUCAAGUUACGCGAAAAAUAGACACAGCGGAGAUAAGGACGUUAACGUGAACGAGUACUCAGGGCUCCUGCUGGAAGGAGAGCCGACGGAAGUGGCGAUCAUAGAAAUGGUCAACAACCUGGGAAGUUUCCUGAUCAACUGUGACUCGACGCACCUGGACGCAAUGGGGAAGCAAAUAUUUGACAAAGGAUCAACGAAGGAAACAAAGAAGAAGCCGAAGAGAAGGCUGUUGUCGUCAAGAAGUAACGUGACGGUGUCCUCAGACGAGGAGACGACGCUGCCGAGAGAUUCGAGUAGUUCGUCGAGUCUGAAAGAUGACGCGGCGACGAUGGGAAAGAAGGCGCUGAAGAGUCCGACCCCUAAAAGUCCGACCUCGAGAAGUCCCACGCCAAAGAGUCCGUCCGCGAAGAGCAGCAGCAAGGCGCAGAAGCAGGCAGAUAAGAAGACGAGCUCAGAUGAAACGCCGACGUCGCUGCAAUAUAGGAAGUACCUGGCGAAGGAGGCGACGCUGGAGUUCUGCAGAACGAGGAAGAUGAUGAGCGUUAUCGUGAAGGAUGAAACGAAAAGCUCAGAUAACCUGUACGUGUACACGAAAGGAGCGCCGGAGAGUGUGCUGGAGAUAUGCACGUCGUACAUGGGCCCGAACGGAAGUCAAAAUAAAAUGACGAAGGAAGUGAAGGAGGAAGUGCUGAACCAAGUGAAGCUGCUGGCGAACGAGGCGCUGAGAGUGCUCUCGUUCUGCUACAGAGAAGCUUCGAAAAAGGACUUGGAAGUGUACCACGCAAUAUCACACGCAGGAAGUAAGGGAGGAGGCACGAGCAACUUCGCGAAAAUAGAAAAGGACAUGGUCUUCCUGGGCGUGGUGGGAAUCAUGGACCCGCCGAGGCCGGAAGUGAAGGACUCAAUAAGUAAGUGCAUGAGAGCAGGAAUUAGAGUGAUCAUGAUCACAGGAGACAAUAAGCUGACUGCGGAGGCGAUCGCAAGAAAGGUGGGAAUCAUAAGACAGACGAUAGCAACAACACUCACCAACUACAACGUGGAGCCGUCGCCGACGAGUAACCUCACAGGCAAGGAGUUCGAGGCGCUGACGAACGAAAACCAGAAGAAGCUGCUGAGUAACACGUGUCUGGUAUUCUCGCGCACGGAGCCGCGGCACAAGCAGCAAAUCGUGUCAAUACUGAAGGACCUGGGAGAGAUCGUGGCAAUGACAGGAGACGGAGUCAACGACGCGCCUGCGCUUAAGAUGGCGGACAUAGGAAUCAGCAUGGGAAUCAACGGCACGGAGGUGGCGAAGGAGGCCUCGGACAUGAUCCUGGCGGACGACAACUUUAAGACGAUCGUGUCAGCAAUUGAGGAGGGACGCUGCAUAUACAGCAACAUGAAGGCGUUCAUAAGGUACCUGAUCAGCAGCAACAUCGGAGAAGUGGUGAGCAUAUUCAUGACGGCGAUGCUGGGGAUCCCGGAGGGGAUGCUGCCAGUGCAGCUGCUCUGGGUUAACCUGGUGACGGACGGACCGCCGGCGACGGCGCUGGGAUUCAACCCGCCGGACCCGCUGGUGAUGAAGAAGGACCCGAGGAGCAAGGACGACAAGCUGAUCGACAAGCUGACGCUCUUCAGGUACCUGCUUAUCGGAGCGUACGUGGGCCUCGCGACGUGCGGAAUCUUCAUCAUGUACUUCGUGAGAGGAGUCUCGCCGAACGAGGGAAACACGCUGGUGACCUUCAGGCAGCUGCGCGAGUGGGGAAACUGCAGCGAGUGGACGGACUUCGCGGCGAACAACAUCUACGACAUGCAGGAGAGCUGCGACUACUUCACGGUGGGCAAGAUCAAGGCGUCCACGCUCUCGCUGACGACGCUGGUGGUGCUGGAGAUGUUCAACGCCUUCAACGCGCUCUCGGAGGACUCCUCGCUGCUCGUGAUGCCGCCCUGGAAGAACCUCUACCUCGUGCUCGCGACGCUCUUCAGCAUCGGCAUCCACUGCCUGAUACUCUACGUCCCCUUCCUCGCGACGCUCUUCAACGUGGUACCGCUGGACCUCUACGACUGGAAGUGGGUGGUGAUAUGGUCGCUGCCGGUGGUGCUGAUCGACGAGCUCUUCAAGCUCUUCAAGCGGGCCUACAAGUUCUACACGAAGCCGAAGCUGCGGCACCUGAGGAAGGGCGACCGCGCGAAGCAGCAGGGGGACGUGCAGCUGAAGGCGCCCUCGAGUCGGCAGGACACUGCGGACGCGGACGCCGCCGCCUCGGCGCCCAAGAAGAAGGGCCCGAGGGCUUUCUGGAGGCAGCCCUCCAGCGGCCUCGGCUCGCGCUCCUUCGGCGACAGGUUCAGCAGCAGCCUGAGCUUCCUGAUGGAUCGGGUGAGCUCUAGCUUGCCCUUCAGCCGCAGCAACAGCGACAGCAGCAACGACACGGAGGUGACUGCUGAGCCCUCGGACACGGAGCUGAAGGACGCCCCGAAUAUGAAAAAGUAG